AUGGACGACGUCGAGAACGGCGCAACCGAUGCCCAGCCUACAGAGACCACCGCGCUCCUUCCGCCCAGAGAGAUGCCUCAACCCACCAAUGCCUUGCCUCUCCUCGAGCCGGUGAUCCUCCGAGUCCUAGCCAAGGGGAUCGCGUCUUGUACAGACGUGGACAUCUGUCCUGCACAGGUCCGGUCGCGCGCAGAACAGAUUGCGUUCUCCCUCCUUGUCCUUCUGUACGCUCGGUACAAUGCUCAAAUCAGAAAGCAACCUCGCGGCGAUGUAUUAGAAAUAUGGCAAGCGCAGCAGCAGCAAACACAAGACUUGUAUCUCCUCGAUCAGCGGCUACUCAGUAUAUGGGCCGCCUUUCUCGCACAAUGCCAGUCGGAAGCGGCAGUUGAGCGUGCGCUCUGGACGUCAUUCCCUUAUGAAAAGGAAGAGUGUCGGUCAAAAAGAGUGGUGGACUUCCUCUCCAGCUAUUCUGCGCUAGAGGAUCUUCUGACUCAUCCUGUGGUUUUCCUCAGCAUCAGGAGAGUGUGGAAGCGAGGGCGUAUCCAGGACGAGGACGAAGCUUCUCCCUCAACACGCUUGGCGCAUAGAUACGACGCGCUCUGCACUCCGAGGUUCGUAAUCUAUGCUCUAGAAGCCUUUCACCUUUCUGACCUCUCCGUCCGGCCCGCGUUCACAGUCAUACCCUACAUCCUUGUACUGGGCGCUUUCACUUCGCAUCUGCCGCAAGUGCCUUGCCCUGACGACGUCGCUUACGGGAUAUUGCUCUUUGCAUUCUCAUGGAUGAUUAUCGGCCUGCACCUCCCCAUGUCAACGAGCCCCCUACAUCUGUUUCCAGCAGAGAUCAUCCUACCUCGCUCCGUCCUCAUACUACACGGCAUCUCUCGCGUGUUCAUCCCGACCGUCACCUUCUUCCUUCCUGCCCUGUUACUCUCCCUGUUCCUCCUGUCGACGUCACUGGCUGACCUAUUCCCAGACUCCCUGGGAACACCCUUUGCACCCGCUCCUAUUGAAUCAAGGGUGGCCUUCCUCUCGCUCUUCGCCGUCCUGUUCCUUCUCAUGGUGUGCUCUCUGGUCAUGCUGGUCCUGGUCUACCCAUCCCUUGCAUCACGACCAUCUUCCAACCCCUGGGACCGAUGCUCAAAAUCGAUUGGCCUGGAGGCUCGGCGGUUCUUCAUCCGCACGGUCGUGCGAUACUCUGCACCAUACAGCUUCCCGGCGCCAUUGAACUUGCUUCAGCUAAUCGUGUACCUACCGGUCGCGACCUUAACUUUCACCGGAGGAGUCAGUACGGCCAUAGCCAAUGGUCCUGGUCUGUUCGAGCGCAUCCUAUGGAGGAUGACCGUUGCACCACUGGGCGCUGUUCUCGAUAAUCUCGUCAUGAGUGCUGGAGGACAUCGUGGGACCCGGCCUACUAAACGACGUCGUGCUAUCGGCGAACCGACAGAGGACGACAGAGUAUCCGCCGCACAGGCGCAAGCAAGCGCACCCACCGCGACGGCACUGUCCACACGGUCCCUACUGCCUCAAUCAAUCCCAUCACUGACUGUACUCUGCAUUCGAGUAUUCGCUGACAGCCUCAAGAGAAUUUCAGAAGACCCUCCGGUUUGGGAGAACGCGCGCUCCUUAUUGAAGGUCCUCCCGGAUCCUCUCGCUCAGAGGGUCUUCUCCGCGCUCAAGUUGACGUGCCCACAACUACUCAAUGACGAACUCAUAGUUACAAACUUCAUUCGCCCUCCAGCCAUCGUUCUUGACAGAAGCCUCCCGGGAGUCAAUAGACGUACUUUGGCGGCGAUACGCGACUCUCCUUUUGGGUCGGAACUGCAAGAACUACAUCUUACAGACUUCGAUAAGGAGGCCGAUACCGUGUUUGCUUCUAUCAUCUCGAAACUGCCCGGUUUGCGCGUACUCGUAUUGAGGGGUUGCUCCAAGGUUGGUGAGAAGACGUGCAACGUCGUGGCCAAGACGUGCCCCAAACUGGCCGCGCUGAAUCUCAGCUACACGGCUAUCACCCCAGCCUUCGUGGUACCCAUACUAUCAGCCUGCGGAGACUUGGAGGUAUUGAAGGUAGCAGGGAUAUCUAGUUGGUUGACCGCCACCUUCAAAGACGAUCAAGACUUCCAGCUACCCAAUCUGCACACCCUCAAGCUACGCCAGACGUUCCUGAGCGACAACGCUCUGUUUCCCUUCAUGCGCGUCUGCCCGAAUCUGCGACGGGUGGACCUUUCAUUCACGUUGGUCCACCAUUUAGGGCACCUGCUACGUGGAAAGCCCCUGGAGAAGCUGUCUCUCACCUCCACGAAGGUGUUUGGUAACGAGUUAGUCUCCGCCAUCUCUCAGUUCCCUGACAUUACGACGCUCAACAUCGGAGCCCUCGGGGGCGGCCAAGGCUCAAGUGCCGCGAUCGCGAAUUUUUCUGCGAUGAACUUGAAUGAUGAAGCACUCCGUGAUCUCACGGAUAUACUGGAAUCAUGCCCGCGUCUCGAACGAGUCAAUCUGGUCGGCAACAUGAAGCUUGGCAUGACUGGCAGUCCUGGACGGCGAGAGAGUGUAGUCGGUGAAUUCGUUCGUCGGGUAGGUCGGAAAUGCAAGAUUUUGAACUUGUCGGGCAUACCUUCAUUCCGCUCUGCCGAGCUCAAAGGAUUGCUCCAGGAAACCGUGGCGGACGGACCUCCUAAGAUCCAAGUACUCCUCCUCAAUAAUACAACAGUGGAUGACGACGCCGCGCCGUUCAUCUCCGCUUGCACAGACCUAGAGAACCUGGCUGUUGCUGGGACAAGAUUCACUAGCGCUGGGUUGUUUCCCAUCAUCGACGCAUGUCCGAGGUUGCAGAAGUUGGACCUGACAAGCUGCCGUGGUGUCAGGGUCGGCGACAGGCGACGAUUCUUCGAGGUUUGGGAGAACGAGUGGCAGAAGUCGCCUUGA